UGUUGAAUAUUCAGUGGAAGUAGGAUAAUUAUGUGUACGUCAUCGAAUUAUGCAAAUGAGUUACACGGGAGCUGACGUAAAGUAUGCUGCAAAGUACGUUCCAAUCAUUGACUGUAACAAUUUUAUAUGCUACAUUUACAGUUGUAAUCAUUGGCUGUGUGAUGAUAAAAUGAGCGUGGAAUCUCAUGCAGCUGAAAUCUCUAUAACCAACGAGCUUUCACGGUAAACACAGAAACAGUGAGCGGCGUUGGCUUGUAGUCGCCGCCGGCUAUUCGUCCCGAUUUACCCGCUCUUAUUUCUAGAGAGGAGUCGCAGUUUUGCUUCGGAGGAGUCGCAGCGCAAACUUCCCUCGCCAUGGAGGAUAUCGGUUGCUGUGCACAGAUUCGAGAAAAUAUCACCCGUACUAAGGUGGUAGGCACGGACCUGAAGUCGACCCCACUCCAGAGAUGCCUGUCUUCUGUGGAUCUUGCCUUUAUUGGCAUCGGGUGCAUGUUGGGGUCCGGCGUGUAUGUCUUGACAGGAGAGGUGGCGGGUGAAAUGGCCGGUCCAGCCGGCACUCUCUCCUUCCUCCUGUCGGGUCUGGUGGCGCUCCUGGCCGCUAUCUGCUACUUGGAGUGCGCUACACAGCUCCCCGAGACCGGCGCGUCGUACUUGUACACCUACGUUACCCUCGGUGAGCUGAUGGCCUUUAUGAUCGGUUGGAAUGCCGUGGUUGUCCGUGUCGCUGCCGUGGCUUUAGUCGCCCGGGGAUGGAGCGCCUACUUUGACGAUGCUAUCGGUGACCAUAUUAGAAACAUCACCAUCGAAUUCGUGCUGGACGGUCAAGAGUGGACGGCACCGGUUUUUGCAAACUACCCAGACAUUGUAGCCGGGUUGAUUUCUUUAUUUGCCAGCGUUCUCGUCGCCGUUGGGACUGAGGUGUCAGCCAAGGCGAAUAUUUUCUUUGUCUUCAUCAACAUCGUUACCAUCACCCUCGUUUUUGUGUUUGCAAUGAUCCACGCGGACUUCUCUCUCCUGACCAAACACGGUUUCUUCCCCACGGGAUUCGGGGGUGUGAUGACCGGUGCCGCAGCCUGCUUCACGGGCUACUGUGGUUUCGAGGCCAUAGCGUUCAGUGCCGAGGAGGCGAAAGACCCAAGCAGGGGGCUCCCCAUCGGGAUCAUCAGCGCAUUCACGGCGUCCAUCUUGUGCUAUGUUGUAGGCGUCUUCUCUAUCACUAUCCUCGCUGAUUACCGAGACAUCAACCCCGGAUCGCCGUUCGUGACGGCCUUCGAGGACAUUGGUCUGGACUGGAUGAAAUACCUAGUGGCGGUUGGAGCUCUCGGUAGCAUGACCGGAGGUGUGAUCAACUGUGCCUACUGCCUCGCCAGAAGCAUCUACGUCAUGGCUAGAGACGGCCUGCUUCCACCGUUCCUCUCCAAGACCAACGAGAGGACACAAACGCCCGUUGUGGCUACCCUCUUCGGAGCAGUCCUAGCCGUCAUCAUCAGCAUCUUCGUCGAGUUCGUUGUCCUUAUUCAGUUCUUGUCGCUGGUGGCGUUUAUUGAGUUCGUCAUCGUUGCCAUGGCGUCGGUCAUCCUUCGAUACCGCCCUCCACUCAGGGGUGGGUACUCCCCACUUGACGGCGACGGGAACAGUAGCGAUGCAAAUGACUACGCCAAUGGCGAGGCGGACACGGAGAUGUCCGGGGAAUUCCCACGUCGUGUCGUCAAAAAGAAGUCCCGCCACCACCAGGGCGACGAGAAGACGGCGCUGCUUCCUGACUUACACGGUUCGAGACGAACCCCGUCGACAACAAGCUCUUUCUCUACAUCUAGCUCAAACUCUAGAAGAUGGAUCGACCGCCAUCCGUCUCAGACCAUCAUCAUAUCCCUGACCCUUCACCUCAUCUUUGAGUCCAUAGCAGUAUCCCUGCUGACCUACAAAAUGGCUGAACUACAAGCUAUGGACGGAGCUGUUGUGUUUGGCGUUGCCUUCAGUGUGGGGUUGUCCUUAAUCGCAUGCUGGCCGUUGUUUGCACUGCCUCAGUAUAAAGAAGGCCUUCCAUUCAAGGUGCCCUUCAUGCCAUUUCUGCCGCUCUUCAGUCUUCUUUGUGACGUAGUUCUAAUGGUUCGGUUUGACACCUUGGCCUGGUUGGAAUUCCUUGCUUGGACCGCUAUUGGAAUCGUACUUUACUUCACCUACGGCAUGCACAACAGCAAUGAAGGGAAACGGCGCGAAGAAACAGCGUCAGCCAACGCCCUGACCGCGGGGUCACAGCUCCUGCCGCCCCGCGACGUCGUCAUAACGCACUACGACUCAACGGAGGAGGACAGCCUGAGGAAGGCCAGGGCCGGGUCAAUGGCCGUAGUCGUCACUCGUGACGGUCGGACGUAUUCCACGACGCCAACCUAUGGAAGCACGGACGCAGCUCUCUGAAACGCCUUGACAUUGUGACUUUGUAGAUGGAUUAGAGUUAAUUAUUAUUCAGCCUUGAUACGAGACUAUAAAAGUUUGUUACAGAGGUACGCCUUAGGUUAAAAAAGGUACCAUGACUUUAUUACCUGCGGUAGGCCUAAGGGUUAAAAUAGGUAUCAUUACUUUAAUACCUGCGGUAGGCCGAAGGUUAAAACAGGAACCAUGACUUUAUUACAUGCGGUAGGCCUAGAUUAAAAUAGGUACAUUACUUUAUUACCUGCGAUUGGCUCAAGGUUAAAAUAGGUACCAUGACUAACUUGCGGUAGGCCUAAGGUUUAAAUAGGUACCGUGACUUUUUUAUCAGCAUAUCUUGACAUCCUUCUCUAACUUUCUUCAACUCUUUCUAUUGUCUUAAGUCCUUGCUAAAAUCCUUCCAACCACCCACAUCUCAGCUUGAUUGACAAUGGUUUUUUACGGAACCCCUCCAAGGACAGGAUUCCGUAGGUGUGUUACAUGUGGGCCUAUAUACUAAUACUAAACACAAGUUGAAACGCACUUGUUAUCAGUCAGUGUCAAAUUCUUAAAUAGACGUCUGAAGGAAUACCAGUAUACUUUUAUAUAUUUGUGACCGUCUUGGUUUUGUACCGCGUUUGGGUUUAAUGGUCUUUAGAAAUUGUGUUGUGUUGUUUUAAUAUCUUCUUCUUUUUUUCCAUUCUUACUUUUUCUAUCAUUUCGAGGAAUUUGUUUCUGUUUUCCAACAUUUUAAAACUGAACACGGAGAUUGCUGUGGCUUGGUUUCCCGUGUUAUAAUUGAUGUUAUUUGUAUGAUAAUAAUUUCAAAAAAUAUUGAUGAUAUUCAUACAGUUCAAAAACUUUAGAUUCACAUUGACUCUGUGUUGUCACGUAAGCUUUCGAAAAGAAUACAAGUUUACACCAUAGUCACUUAAAGACACUAGACACUAUUGGUAAUUGUCAAAGACCAGUCUUCUCACUUGG